AUGAAAACCUUGGAGGUUGGAAAGGAAAAGCAAGUAACAGGUUAUCUCCUCUUCUCCUUGGCCACUGCUGUCAUCGGCUCUCUGCAGUUUGGUUACAACACAGGAGUCAUCAAUGCUCCAGAGCAGAAACUACGAUCUUUCUUCAAUGAUACCUGGGUUGAGCGUUAUGGCGAACCCAUCAGCCCGGGGGUCUGUACCAUCGUCUGGAGUGUCGCCGUCGCCAUCUUUAGCGUGGGCGGCAUGGUGGGCUCCUUCAGCGUGGGCGUAAUGGCAAACAGAUUUGGCAGGCGUCGCUCUAUGUUCCUUGUAAACAUUCUGGCUGUGAUUGGCGGCCUCCUCAUGGGCUUCUCCACCAUCUGCUCCUCCUAUGAGAUGGUGAUCGCCGGUCGCCUGGUCAUCGGCCUGUUCUGCGGUCUCUUUACCGGCCUGACUCCCAUGUAUGUGGGCGAGGUGUCACCCACUCCCCUCCGAGGAGCCUUCGGCACUCUUCAUCAGCUCGGUGUGGUGGUGGGCAUCUUGAUCGCUCAGAUCUUUGGUCUGGAGGGUCUGCUGGGCUCAGCAAAGCUGUGGCCCCUGCUGCUGGCCCUCACUGUGGUUCCUGCUGUGCUGCAGUGCAUACUGCUGCCCUUCUGUCCCGAGAGUCCUCGCUUCCUGCUCAUCAACCUUAAACAAGAGGAGCAGGCACGCAAAGCACUGGUGCGUCUGCGUGGCAGUGAGGAUGUGAGUAAAGACCUGCAGGAGAUGAAGGAGGAGAGCGCUAAGAUGGCCAUGGAGAAGAAGGUGACAAUCCCUGAGCUAUUCCGCUCGGCAGCGUAUCGUCAGCCCCUCCUCAUUGCCGUCAUGCUGCAACUCUCCCAGCAGCUUUCAGGAAUCAAUGCUGUGUUCUACUACUCGACUGGGAUCUUUGAGUCAGCCGGUGUAAAAAAGCCCAUCUACGCCACCAUCGGCGCCGGCAUUGUCAACACCAUCUUCACAAUCGUUUCUCUCUUCCUGGUGGAGAGGGCAGGACGAAGGACUCUGCACCUCUUGGGAUUAGGUGGAAUGGCGUUCAGCGCUCUGAUCAUGACCAUCUCCCUCCUGCUGCAGAAGGACAUUCCAGCUAUGAGCUACAUAGCCAUCUUUGCUAUCAUGCUAUUUGUGGCUAUGUUUGAGAUGGGCCCCGGUCCAAUCCCAUGGUUCAUUGUGGCCGAGCUGUUCUCCCAGGGGCCCCGCCCGGCAGCCAUGGCUGUGGCUGGCUGCUGCAAUUGGACGGCCAACUUCCUGGUUGGAAUGAGCUUUCCCAAACUAGUGGAGUGGUGUGGACCUUGGGUCUUCCUCAUCUUCACAGCCUUCCUCAUCCUCUUUUUCAUCUUCACCUACAUUAAAGUCCCAGAGACGAAGGGAAAGACCUUCGACGAGAUCGCCUGCAGUUUCGGCAACGCCCCGCCUCCCACCUCCUCAUCUGUUGAGACCCCUCCUGCCAGCGCCAGCACCGCCGUGACGCUUCCCGCCUCACCAGUCAAGGAGAAGGUCCCACUGGUAGAGGCGGCAGCAGCAGUUCCACCUUCCGCAUCUGAAAGCACGCCCCUUGAAGAUAAAUCUAACUUGACAGUGCAGGACAGUGUGUAGAGCAGCUGUAGAUAUGUAGGUAGUAAUGGG